ACUGUGGAAGGAACAGGGGACACCUAAGAGGUUGGUGUCAGUGCGAGAUCCCAAGAACCGGAAGUGAUACCGUGAGGAGGCGUUAAAGGGCCGCCGGGUUGAGUUUUGUUGGCAGCGCUGGUGCAAGGUUUGCAAAGAUGGAAAUGACCAGGAGCAAUUUUAAGGAUAAUCUGCCAAAAGUUUAUAAAGCAAUUGAAGAGGCAGACUUCUUGGCUAUUGAUGGUGAAUUUUCAGGGAUAAGUGAUGGUCCAUCUGUUAGCACUUUAACAAAUGGCUUUGAUACACCAGAAGAAAGAUAUACGAAACUGAAAAAGCAUUCUAUGGAGUUUUUACUUUUUCAGUUUGGUCUUUGCACUUUUAACUAUGAUAACACAGAAGCAAAGUACUUCAUGAAAUCAUUUAACUUUUAUAUCUUUCCAAAGCCAUUCAACAGAAAUUCUCCAGACAAGAAGUUUGUUUGUCAGAGCUCAAGUAUAGACUUUCUGGCUAACCAGGGUUUUGAUUUUAAUAAAGUUUUUCGCAAUGGCAUUCCAUAUCUGAACCAGGAGGAGGAAAAACAGCUGCGAGAUCAGUAUGAAGAGAGGCGUUCUCAGUCAAAUGGAGCCAGCGCAAUGUCAUAUGUGUCUCCAAAUGCCUCAAAGACUCCUGUGAGCAUCCCAGAUGAGCAGAAGGGUUUUAUUGACAAAGUGGUGGAGCGGGUUGAGGAUUUUUUAAAAAAUGAACAGAAAAGCAUGGAUGUGGAGCCUUGCACUGGGUACCAAAGGAAGCUAAUUUACCAGACAUUGAACUGGAAGUAUCCACGAGGCAUUCAUGUAGAGACCCUAGAAUCAGAAAAGAAGGAGAGAUACAUUGUCAUCAGUAAAGUUGAUGAAGAAGAACGAAAAAGAAUGGAGCAGCAGAAACAAGCAAAAGAACGGGAGGAACUAGAUGAUGCUGUGGGGUUUUCCCGAAUCAUCCAAGCAAUUUCAUCCUCGGGUAAACUUGUAGUUGGACACAACAUGCUGUUGGAUAUCAUGCACACUAUACAUCAGUUUUUCUGCCAGCUGCCUGAUGAGCUAAAUGAGUUUAAGGAGGUGACAAACUGUGUUUUUCCAAGAGUCUUGGAUACGAAACUUAUGGCCAGCACAAAUCCAUUUAAGGAAAUUAUUUAUAACACAUCCCUUGCUGAACUGGAAAAGAGAUUAAAAGAGGCUCCUUUCAAACCUCCUAAAGUUGACAGUGCUGAGGGUUUUCCAAGUUAUAACACUGCCUCUGAGCAACUUCACGAAGCAGGAUAUGAUGCCUACAUUACAGGACUGUGCUUUAUUUCCAUGGCAAACUAUUUAGGUUCAUUUCUUAGCCCACCAAAAGGUUAUGUAUCCUCUCGAUCGAAAAUUAUUCGACCAUUUUUUAACAAGCUGUUUUUGAUGAGAAUUAUGGAUAUACCUUAUCUCAAUUUAGAAGGACCAGACUUGCAGCCUAAAAGGGACAAUGUACUUCAUGUUGCAUUUCCAAAAGAAUGGAAGACCAGUGACCUCUAUCAACUGUUCAGUGCCUUCGGUAAUAUUCAGGUGUCCUGGAUAGAUGAUACCUCUGCAUUUGUGUCACUAAGCCAUCCUGAUCAGGUCCAAAUAGCUGUUAACACCAGCAAGUAUGCAGAAAGCUAUCGUAUCCAGACUUAUGCAGAAUAUGUUGAGAAGAAGAACGAAGAAAAUCAAACAAAAAGAAAAUGGGCAGAAGAUGGAUGGAAAGAUUUGGAGAGGAAGAGACUGAAAACACAAUACAAUUCCUACAUUCCACAGACUCCAGUUUUUUACGGUAACUGUUUUGUUGCUCCAAGUUAUGCAGUUAAAAGAAGCAUGAGCCCCAUCCAGGAGGAAACUGCCUCUGAAAAUACUGAAGAAGUUCGUGCUCAAGAAGAUGAUCCUUCCAACCCUGGUGCUACAGAGCAGGGGAAGAAACCCAAGAACCACAAAAGACAGAAAACCGACUCUACUCCCCCAGAAACCAGUGACAGUGGCUCUUCUGUCCUUUUUGAAGUUCCAGAUACUUGGUAGCAUUGAUGACAACUAGAAGACUGCAAGGUUUUGCAGGCCAUACAUCUAUUUAGUUUAGAUAUGGAUGAUACUAUGCAGCUUGUGCAUUGUUGCUUCCCAGCUACACUCUUGACUUACAAGAAGCACAACUGAAGGACUGUAAAGUUUAUUUGUAAAUGAAUGUCCCUCAUGUUUAUGGGAAUAUAUUUCAUAACUUUAGGGGAAUAGAUUUGCUCCUGUACUUACACCAGGCUAAACAUUUUUGUUUGUAGAGUAACAACAAAUUGUGGCCAGUUUAGUAAAUUUUUAGUCAGGUAUUCUGAUCAGCCAGUAACUAAACUAGAUGGUCUUUGGCCUUCAGCAAUGCAGCUAUUCAUUUCAUUCUCACACGAGCCCAAACUGAUUCAUUUGUGGGUAGAGCCAGACUUACUACCUAUGACCUACAUAUGAUAUUUGUUCAACACCUCAAGCAGCCAGUGCUGUGGAGAGCUUCAAUUAAUUGUGUAUACGUCAUAACCUUGACAUAUAAUUGAUUUGGCAUUCUUAUUAUAAGUUCUAAUAAUUUAAUUCUUGCUAUGUUGUUGCUCUGUUUACAUAUUAAUCACACUUAAGAAUGAUUGUACAGAUAUCCACUAUGUAAGUCUUAUCUCCUUUUGGAAGGGUAGCACAUGCUUUACUGCAUGCUUAAAAGAUCUUAAUGUGAAAUAUUUCACUGGUCAGUAAUUCUGAAUACUUGUAACUCAAGUCUUUCUACUUUGUCAGAUUGGUGCUUUAAAUAUUAUUGUGCCAUGGGUUCACCAAGUGUCUAUGGAAAUCUGAAAAACAAACUCGAGCCACAAAAAUCUCAAUCUGUUGUAGUACUUCCCACUUCUAUAGACCACUAGUCUUCAAUGCUUUGGACCACUUUGCUUUUCUAUGGAUGCUUGGUGCCAGCAUUUGCUACCAAAUGUUUGAAGGAUCUUUGUGUAGAAUUGCAAAGCUGGAUAAUCCUGAAAAAAUAAAUCGAAUCCGUAAUUGCCUAUACAGGUUUCCUGGGAAAAUAUUUUAACUGUAUAUGUAAAAUUGUCGGUUUGUUUUACUGUCAUUUAUAUAUGUAUUAAAUGGUUUAUGGGUGUUUGCAAUGUGUUAUAAAUAUAUAUUUUGACUUUAGCCUAUAAAUUUAUAAUUGUUUGGUCACCUGAUAUCACAUUAUUUCUACACUUAGACCUCACUUUUUCCAUCAGGUUAAAUUUAAGGGAUUUAUGUCACUCAUGUUGGCAAGAACUGCAUUUGCCACGUGACAAGUCUCACUACAAAGUUUUGAUAUUGGUUGUGACUUUGUCACUUUCUUUUUAAUAAUACAUCCAUUUUUAUGUGUGAUUUUCUUUUUUUUUUUUUUUUCUUCAUUUUUAGAAACUUCUUUUUCAGUUCACAUUGCGUCUGUGUGUGUGAGUGGCUGUGAGGCGUAGAACUAAUGGGACAAAGAAGGUUAAAGAUGAACUUGAACACCUAUAUUGUAAAGUGUGUUUUGUUUUGUAAAACAGUUGUUGGCCUGUGUAGUAUAAUUUAAAAGAAGGAAAACAAAUAAUACAAAUGAGAUUGCAACGGCACCAGCCAUUUAUUUCUUGAGAAGAGAUCUACAGUGGUAUUCUCUAUUUAACUUUUUGUAUCAUGGAAAUAAAAACAAAACUCAAAUGUAUUUCCAUAAAAUGAACAUUAAAGAAGUCUUUUGUAUAAACUA